AUUUUAACAGACCCGAAGAAGAAGUUAACAAGUUCACUCCAGAGACGUUUACAGUAGAUUUUAACAUCAUCUCCAAAAGUAGGCUACUCUAUCAACCUUUGUGCUCAAACUUCUUACAGAAAAAAAAACAAAGACCGGAUUUAUUUUUUGUUCUGUGAUAUUUUUAGUUGAGAGGAACACAUUUUUAUUACUUUUAAAUUAUUUUAAACACACAUUUUCGGCAAUGACUUCAGGCAGUGAGACUUUGGAAAUAACUGGCCAUGAGCUGGUUCACAUACUCAGGACCCCCCGGGACCAGUACAUCUCUGCUGGAUGUGUGGUGCUGGACUGCAGACCUUUCCUCGAUUUUUCUUUUGCGCACAUUUGCGAGUCCCGAAACGUCAACUGGAACUCAAUGCUGCGUCGUAGAUCCAAGAGCUCGGUGGUGGCUCUGGAGUGGCUCAUCCCGGACAAGGCUCUCCUGGGCCGCCUGCGCCGCGGGGAGUUCUCCCCGCUGGUGGUGGUGGAUGAGAGCAGCCGCUCCGUGGCCGCUCUGAAGGCGGAGAGUGUGGCCCAAAUGCUGCUCACCGCACUGCAAAACGAAGUUCAGACGCAGAUCUGCUUCCUACAAGGUGGAUUUGAGGGAUUUUCAGAGGCCUAUCCAGAGCUCUGUUACAGCUCUGCCAGCAAUCACCUCUCUACAGUGGAACCAGAGCCAACAGUGACAGGUCGGAGGACACCAGCAUAUGAUCGGGAUGGUCCAGUGGAGCUGCUGCCCUUCCUGUUUUUGGGCAGUGCCAUCCACUCCUCUCGCAGAGAGACCCUCACAGCAGCGGGCAUCACAGCUGUGCUCAAUGUUUCCUCCUCAUGCCCUAACUUCUAUGAGGGGGAGUUUCAGUACUUGAGGCUCAAUGUGGAGGACAACCUAGCUGCUGACAUCAGAGCCUGUUUUCCCACCGCGAUCGCCUUCAUCAACUCAGUGAAGCAGAGUGGUGGUCGGGUGUUGGUGCAUUGCCAGGCAGGUAUCUCCCGCUCCGCCACCAUCUGUCUGGCCUACCUCAUGCACACGCAGCGCGUCAGGCUGGAUGAGGCCUUUGACUUUGUGAAGCAGCGGCGUCAGGUCAUCUCUCCCAACCUGGCCUUCAUGGGACAGCUGCUGCAGUUUGAGACGGACGUUCUCUGUCAGGGAUGAAGACCCUGACACAUUAAGAGGAAUUCAACUGCCUUUUGUAGGCAAUGUGCUGGACUAGAAAUUGUUUAUACUAUUGAAACUAGUACAUUUAAGUAUAUAGUUUGUACAUUCAGAGAAAAGCUACUUGUGCUGGUGGCGUCACAGGGCUGAUGGAUCUGGACUCCUGUUUUCAGGAAAAAACUGACCCCUGAUACAACAAACAGCAGCUGGCAAUAUAGACUACGCUGUUAUAACCGCAUUACAGUAUGAACUGUUGUGAUUCUGAACCAGCAAAUUGGAGCAGCUAUGAGGUCAUUUCCCUGAUAUUUUAAACUUAAGGCAAAACAGGCCUGCUUGUCUGGCUUUGUGUGUCAUAUUGUUUAACUUAUGUGCCUGAUCUUUGGCAGCAAGGGCUGUCUUCUUUACCUACUGAAAGCCAUUCCUUCACAGUUAGGACCACUGUGACGAGACAUGUCUUUUAUGAAAACAACACUGUGUUAACUAAUCAAGGCAAUACUGGAUGAAUCUCAAGUUUUGUUGUCUAAUUUAUAAAAAUGCACUAACAGCAGUUUAUUCGAAUAUUUCUGUAUCCUGAGACAUUUCACAAACUGGAAGAAGUUGUGAUUUAUUAUGUAAAUAGAAUUUUUAUUUAUUAUUUCCACAUGUGUUAUGACAGUGUUACUGUCCGUUAUUGCACUUUAUACCUUCAAGGUUUGGCUGAUUCCUGCAGUUUUUUCCACUAAAUUAAAAAUAUGCUGAAGAACA